CACAUGGAGGAAAGAUUAUUCCACUCAGCGAGGCUGAGCAGUUUGGUAGAUAUGCAAUCAAUAUGGAUUUGGCAUCAAAAGUUUUAAAUAGAAUUCCCGAAGAAGAUCAGUUUUCAAGGGAAAAUAUUAAAUCUGAAAUUCGUCGAAUCAAAAAAGUUUCUGAAAAAGAUUUGGAUGACGUCUGUGAAGUUAUUGAGAACAGAGAUGCAUACGGAUCAGGUGUGAAAAUAAUAGAAGAGAGAGAAAUUGAAGACGAAAAGGAAUAUGAAGAAAGAGAUGCAAACAUGCCAUGUGUAGGUACUCGUGUACGACGAGGUCCUGAUUGGAAAUGGAAGAACCAAGACGGACACGGAAUAGGAACUGUUGUAGGACACUCACAGAGAGUGGGGUGGAUAAAUGUAGAAUGGGACACUGGUCUUCAGCUGCCCUAUAGAUAUGGUAACAAUGGUCUAGAGACGGCAUAUGACAUUGAACCUUGUCACGAACCUAGAAUACUUCAGGACCACCCUAUCGCCGUUGGAUGUAUUGUCAGAAGAGGUCUGGACUGGAAAUGGGAUGAUCAAGAUGGAGGAAAAGGGAAUGUUGGAACAGUCAGAUGGCCCAAUGGAAACAAGAGUAAUUAUAGAUAUGGUUAUAAAAACAAAUUUGAUGUGGAGUUAUGUGUUCAAAGGAACACUUGUGUUCAGGGGAAGGGAGUUUGUACAGUCUUUCUACUUGAUACUUCAGAGAGUAUGGCUGGCGAGGGAUUAAGGCAAAUGAAAAGAAGUUUCUUGAACAUUAUAAAUGGUUACGCUUUGCAUCCCAACCUCAAUGAAAACGUCGCAGUGAUACAGUUUGGAAAAGAUAAUAAAUACCUGCACUAUUUUUCCAACGACUAUGAUUCUUUGAAGCGAUGUUUACUAGGUAGUAUUGCCUAUGGAUCUCGUGGAGGAAAAAUUCUAAAUUAUAAAGAAGCCAAAGAAUUCGCAAAAUAUACGUUGAGUAUGAUAAUUGCUUCAGAGAUUCUAGGCAACGUGCCACCCACAUUUUGUACUAUUGAUGAUGUGAAAAGCAUUGUUUUAUCUUCUCGACAUCAGAGUGAUAUAACGAAGACUGAUUUGGAAAAUGUUGUGGAGAUAUUGAACAAUAGACGGGCAUAUGAAAUCUUUGUGUAUGGAAAUGAGGAACAUUUAGAACACGAUGUUUAUAGCGAGCGUAGUGAAAGUCUACUAGCACCUGGAACAAGAGUACGCAGAGGUCCAAACUGGCACUAUAGCAAUCAGGACUCUAAUGGGCCUGGCACAGUUACAGGACACUGGGAUAGAGGAUCAGAUUGGAAGUGGGGAGAUCAGGAUGGUGGUGAAGGCAAUAUCGGAGCUGUUUAUAGAGUCAAAGAAAACGCAGUUUACGUACGUUGGUCAAAUGGAAACAAAAGUAAUUACAGAUUUGGUUAUGAUGAAAAAUAUGACAUUGUUGUCUGCGAUCCAUUUGAUGAAAGCAUAGUAGGCUCACAAAUAUGCAGUAGAAAGUCAAUAUGCAUUGGUGACAGCAGCACAGGCAAUUUUGUCAGAGCUAAAGGUAAAGCAUUAUUAGAAUCGGAACAGUACAAUGAGAAAGACACUUUUGGCUUAAUAAACAUUGAAAAGACUCUGCAGAGCGAGGUAAACCUAGAAAGUUACAAAGAAUAUGAUGGGGCAUUUCUGUGGCAAUGGAAGAACAAGUUAGGCAGAUGGAAUAAUUUUCCAAAGGCAGAAAAUCAGAAAAUUGACAAGUCAUUUGCUCAGAAUUCAAGAUCAACAAUACUACUGGCAAUUAAUGGACAAAUGUUUAGACUGGUUUUAUCGAAGAUGAAGCUGAUUAACAUAUCAUCGAGAGAAACUUUCGAUGAGGAUCAGAUGUUAGAAAUUAAUCGUCGUGGAUACACAUUCACAUCAUACUCAUUAGAUGAUGCCUCCAAUGACGACAUUGAUGAAAGAACAUUACGAAGAGCUAGAAGCCAGUAUGCCUCCCCUGAGAACGGCCUGACUGGAAAUGGGGUAAUCAAGAUGGAGGGUCCAGGACCGUUGGCAUGGUACCGAAAUAGUUUAUACACACAUGGCUGCAUACAUGGUUCUUAUGUCACAACUGUCUUCCUACUUGAUACGUCAGCAAGCAUGGCAGGAGAAGGUCUGCAGCAAAUGAAAAUAGCAUUCAAAGAUAUCAUUAACGAGUUUUCCAAGCAUUCGUCUUCCGUACCAGAAAAUGUCUCGGUUGUAACUUUUGGUAAAGAAGUAAAGGUCCUACAAUACUAUUCCAACAAUUACACGAUGCUUGCUAAUUGUGUAGAUGAUUUACAGUGUGGAGGAGGAAGUCCACUGGAAGCAGGCAUUAUAAUGUGUUAUUCAGGGAUUCAUUCAGUUCCCUACAGCGCCAUUGGAUCAUAUCACGUGAGAACAAGAAUAGUAAUCAUCACUGAUGGUAAACCAACAGAGAUAUGUUCAGGACACGACCGAGAAAUCUAUGAAUCUCGUGUUUAUGAUGAAGUCUUGGCUUCAAAAGUACUCCAACGAAUGUCAAAAGAAGAUCAAACUUCAAAAGAAGCAAUUAAAUCAGAACUUUGCCAUUUGCAGAGUGUCUCUGAGAAGGAUGUUGUAUGUUUAUUUUUAUUUUCAACUCAUCGCUUCACAGUUGGAUGGAUUAAUGUGGAGUGGGAUACAGGUCUUCAGUUGCCAUAUAGAUAUGGUAACAAUGGCGUUCUAACAGAAUAUGACAUUGCACCUUGCAAAGAACCUAGAAUACUAGAGAACCAACCAAUCGCCGUUGGAUGUCUUGUUAGGAGAGGUAGAGACUGGAAGUGGGAUGAACAAGAUGGAGGUACAGGGAACAUCGGAACAGUUCGCUGGCCAAAUGGAAACAAAAGCAAUUACAGAUACGGAUACAAUGGUAAAUUUGACGUAGAAUUAUGGUAUAGAAUUAAUCUUCAAAAGAAAUGGAUGGUGAAUACCAGUACCAAAGAAGUUAUUGAUAUCAGGUUGUUAGAAUGA